AUGCUGGCACUGGGGCCCACACGCAGCUGCAACCCACCCAGCUUCACCAGCAUGAGUGGCAAUCCGUUUGCGCGUCCAAAGCCCUCUCCAUCGAAAGGCAACCCCUUUGCGCGCGUGACAGAGUCAACGAGUUUUACGCGCAAAGCCCUUCUCCCAGCCACAGCGUCGCCGAAGAAGACGCCUACAAAGUCGCAAUGGCGCAUGCUAUGGCGCGGCGGCUUCGAGAUUGGGUCCGAUGGUUGGCGGCUGGAUGGCGUUGUGUUCUUCGCCCUGCUCACCUUCCCUAGCACCCCAACGCCGAGCAUGAACCCCUUCGCGCCGCCAACGCCCGGACCCUCCGAUCCGGCUCUGCCGACCGACGCAGACCUCUGCCUUUCCCUCGAGUCCCUGCGCGGACGCAAGUACCUCGCCGUACGGGGGACGACCGAGCUUGCCGACGACGACGUGCUCGACGGCGAAGAGGCUGCUGUCCAAAUGUCCACAGCGUCGCCGGUCCUCGCGGCGUAUCUGACUGGAAUGCUGUGUCGCGAAACCAAUCUCGCACCAAGCGGACGCACGCGGAGCGCGAUGAUCGUCGGCCUCGGCGACGGCGAGGACGCGAACGUGCUCAUAUAUGGCCAGCGGGUUGGCGAGACGGAGGCGCUCAAGCUCUGUGUGGGGCGGAGGAAACCCCCUCCGCCGCCAGAGAAGAUCCGUCCUGGAGAACCCCUACCACGAGCUCCGCCGGAGAUCGAAGCUCCACGCAGAGGCUUUCAGCUCCCGAAGCGUGCUAUCUCCCGCGCCAACAGCAUGCAGGCGUACGCGGCCCCGCCGGUUCUGCGCGCCCCAGGCUUACCCAUCUCGGGGCGAUUAGGCGAGAAAAGGUCGCGGAUGGACGAUCACGCGCGCGCGGGGCUCAUUAUACCAGAACGAGAAGAGGAUGUGUUCGGAGGCAUCACUCGUCCGCCGAGCGUACGGCAGAGGGAAGUGGUGGACAACAAAGGGUGUAUCCGCAAGAUCACGAUGAACGUCCUCGAAGAACGGGGGUUUCCGCGCGAAGGGGAGGUACACAAGGAGCGGAGGAAGCUCGAAGGCGCGUCGCUAGACAAGGCCGAGGUCCGCGACAUUGUUGGACGGCACCUCAACAUGUACCUCCCUGCCGCUGAACCCAAGACAUCUUGCAGCUGGAGCGACUCCACUGCAACGGACAUCCGCGAAGGUGGUAACACCUCGCUCCCACAAGCGCUCUUGCGCACACCCACACGACAAGUCCUCUAA